AUUAAAUGAGUCGCGGCUCCUUUAAGACUCGCUCCAGGAGGAAACAGGAAGUUCUGGGCUAUGAACAUUUAACACAAAGAAACAAAACGAAAGAAAUUGUGUGACAUGGCGGGGAUAAAAGCUCUGGUCAGUUUGUCCUUCAGCGGUGCCCUUGGACUGACCUUUCUGCUUUUGGGCUGUGCGUUGGAGCAGUUUGGAGUCUAUUGGCCUCUGUUCGUGCUGAUUUUCUACGUGAUCUCGCCAUUGCCGUACUUCAUCGCCACCCGGCUCGGAGACGACACUGAUUCCUCCAGCAAUACAUGCAGGGAACUCGCACAUUUCCUCACCACGGGGAUUGUGAUCUCAGCUUUCGGGCUGCCUAUCGUACUGGCACGUAUAGAAGUGAUCAAAUGGGGAGCCUGUGGCUUGGUGAUGGCAGGAAACAGUGUCAUCUUCGUCACCAUCCUGGGUUUCUUCCUGGUGUUCGGGGGCAGCGAUGAUUUCAGUUGGGAGCAGUGGUAAAGCCGUGGCCAAGGACGGGUUGCCAGGUUCAGAGGAAAUCCUAAUAUCUGCUUUUGUAGAGGAGAGGGAAGUGGGUGCAAUACAGGAACAUUAGGGCUGAGCUUCACCAGUAACAUUAAUGACAGUGUUGUUGAGGGAGGGGAUACUUUAGGGGAAGAAAAAAUGAACUUCAACGUUCUUCGUAUGUUUCACUGAAUCACUGAGUCUCGCUUUAAAUCAACACACUGCUUACUAGAACUGACAUUCAUUCCUAAAUGUAGGCCGCUUCACAUAAGACUUCACUUGAUUCAUGCUAGAUUCAUAAUCAACACUAUUUUCAAAUCAAUGCUUAAGUACUUGUGCUUCUUUAUAACUAUAUUCACAUGUUUACUGAAUUAAAAUGGUAAAAAGAAAUAAGCUAGAACAUUCCAGAUAAAUCCCAAAACCAAAAAAGUAGUGAAAAGUUACGGAAAUGUGGGUACAUUUAAAAAAAAAAAAAAAAAAAAAAACACUAGCUGACGUAAAGCAUAAAGGAGCUCUGUGUCGAGACAAAGCUUCUGUCAUAUCAAUAUGUCAAAAGAAAAAAAAAUCUGGACCCCUCACUGCCCUUUAGCUAUAAAGAACUCUUUUAUAAUCUAUAAUUCAGACAUGUUGGCUUAACAAAGCUUCUCAUUUAGGUUUAGUAUUAAUAAUCCAUUCAUACUUUCUCACCACGACACACAACUUCAGCUUCUGGUUAAUGUUCCUCCUUCUGAGUGAAUGUAAAGAUAAAUGAGCCAUCUCUGGUUAGCGUCAGGCUGCUAUUCCAGUUUUUGUCCACAUUUGUCUAAGUCACAUCUCUUCAUCUUUCGUAUGACUCUACUAAAAUAUGUGCAUUUAUUUACGCUACAACUUGUGACCAUGAAUCACAUUCAAAUGACUCUGAUUCAGUGUACUUUAAUCAAAGAAUACAUCUCCUUCGUACCAGGAAUCACAUUUAAAUGAUGAAAAUGACUCUAUCUAUUCAAAUGAUUCAUAUAAAUGAUUCUUUACAAUUUCAGAUGGCUGUUGCUUUUAUGUCAUGGAGGAAAUUCAAAUAAGUUUGAAAGAAAGGCCUUUUCAUCAUGAAUCAAAUUCAAAUGACUCAUAGAAAUGCGCUUUUAAUAAAUCAGUAAAUCAUAUUUAUAUGACUGAUGCACUGAUGUACUUGAAUUUAAUUGAAAUGACUCUAUAAAUGAUUCUACACCACGAUUAUAAUUCACUUUUAAUGAACGAAUCUUAAAUGACUCUCAUAUGGUAUACCUAUGUUUAAAUGAAUGAAGGAAUCUUAAAGGCAGCAUGUAAACAGUUUUGGAGUCAUUUGCUGUAUCAAUUUAAUUUAAUUUAAAUUUGAUUUUAGUAAGUAAAUGAUCUUUAUUAUCAGAAUCAUUUGGAUUUGAUUCAUAUGCACUGUAUCACUCGUAUGAAAUUGAAUCAUUGGAAUGUAUUCACCACACACAAGUGAAAUAUUGUAAAUUAUAACCCGUCCACUUCGCUAAUAUCAACCGAACUUAUUUUACAUCCGAUUUAUUGAUCGUAACCUCACCCUAAAGCCUUAACAUUCUGGAUUUAAAUAAAAACUACCAAAGCUCAAGCCUUCCUCCUGCAUCAUCAUCAUCAUCAUCAUUAAGCGUAUUUAGGUUAGGUUAGGGUCAACUUUACUGUCAUUGUCAGAGUACGAGUACAGAGACAAGCAUCCACCCAGUAGUGCAAAUAACAAAUAAGUCAAAAUGAGGUAACAAGGUUAUGGUGCAGUAAGUUACUAGAGUACAGUAAUGCAAAUGGCAAUGAAAUUAAAUGAAAUAAAUAAGAAUGAUGGUGCAGUAAGUUGAGAUAAACAGUAUACAGGUAGAGGUAAACAGCAUGAUGCAUGUAAUAUGAUGCAGUAGAUACACCAUUUAAUAUAAACAGAUAAAGAAUAUUGAAGGGAAAGCCAUAGCAAUUUAUACAUUUAUACCUUGGGUGUUGGUUUUCACUGCAAAUAAAUAUAUAUCAUUUUCUAAGUAUAUUUUUAACCACAGUUUACACAAUUCCUGUAUGUGUAUCUGAAUAUAAACAUAUAUGAAGACUCAUCUCUGCAGUAUGUCAAAUACUACACGUAUAUUUAUCUCUUUUAUCUCUUAAGAGUAAUAAUUUCACAUUUCACUGUAUCGUAACAGGUUAGUCAUGGUGUAAUUAUUAUUAUUUUCCAAUUUCCGACACAGCUCAUCUGUUUUGUGUGUGUGUGUGUAUGUGUGUGUAUAUUGAGCAAUAAAGCACUUGUAUUUUGA